CCCGUCUCCUUCUGGCUCCUGUUUGAUCGCCCUCGUUUCCCUUUAUCGGUUUUGUCCAUUUCCAUCCAUCCCGCCGUCGCUUCUCCUUCUCCCUUACACAUCCUUCUGAAACAAUACUCAGGCCCCAGCCCUUUGUCGACCUUGCACCCUGCGUCUUCUUAUCACUCUUGAUAGACUCGUUCCCGCGUUCAUUUUCUAUUGUCGGACUGAGAAAUCUCCCUGGAUUCUCACCUGGCACACAUGCAGUCCGGCUCCAGCAUUUCCCGCGCCCAGCGAAGUCCCUCAGCCCAGCAUUUCCCGUCCGGUUCAGGGAGCAGCGUUGAAUCCGCCAUGACCUCCGCCCCACGCAGCUCCUCGAGCUCGACACGAUCUCAAUCCUCAAAGGGUGUCGUACCCGAGAAACAGAUCAACCAGAUUGAAAAGAGCGUCACCCAUCUUUUAGUCGCUACCAAGCAACUACUCGAAACACUAACGCAAUGGUCGCGCCGACAAGCGUCAGAGAAUGAAGUGUCAGAUGUCUAUGUUCGACUCGGCUAUGAAUUCAACCUGGCUUGUCGCGCCUUCAAUGCCAUUGGAGUUGACACCUCAGAUCUUGGCCCCGUACCGGACCUCCUUCGUACCAUCCUCGAAGAUACCCUCAGUCAAGAUGCGUCCCCGCAAAGUCUCGAACGUUACCUUCCCCGAGUGCGCGAUAUCAUCAUCAAUCUUCUGCAUGGUCUUAAGAAAAAGCAGGCUCGACUACGUUCCCGACAACAGAAGGAGGAAAGUAGACCAUUGCCCGGUCGGCAUACAAGUGCAAGUGGUGCAACCUCAGCGCAGGCGGCAUUAAACCAAGCGUACGAGGAGACGGCUUCCACGGUAAGCUCGCCGAAGCGAUCGACUCGUCGGUUUGGCAGCAAUGGCUCUAUGGAGGAUUCGGCCACGGCCCGGCCCUCUUCGACGACACCGGCAGAUGCGCGGGGAGCGAGCUUUUCGGAACGAGAGGCGUCGAGGCGCGAGACGCAGAGCAUCUUGUCUCAAUCAUCGCAAUCAGAAACCGGGUCAACUUCCAAAGGCUCCGGGUCUGUGACCAAUACGCCUCCCUAUCCCACACCACCACCUCCGCCCGCCCCAAAACAGGAUGAUGCUCUCGGUGCUCUGCAAAGGAGCGGUGAGCUGGAACGUCGGGCGUCUCGAAGGUUUUCCGCUUAUCAGAUACAAAAGCAUUUGGGUGCUUCUUCCAGCGGUGUUCCUGUGCUUCCGACCCAGAAUUCUCCGAUUCCCAACCGAGGGCGCGAUGUCCGUGAGUCCCUAAAUGCUGUGCGUCUACGUGGAUCUGUCCAUGGGCGACAGCGGUCGACAAACCGACUACAGGAUGCGAAGGUUGCUCCGCAGGCGCCUUCGGGUGUCCCCAGUAUCGAAGAGGAGCGCUCGAAAUCCCGUGUUGAAUCACCUGCGGAGCUACCAGCAGAGGGCCCUGCUGUUGCGAAAGACAGGGACGCUGAACGGCCUGCAAGCGGCCAGGCAGAGGGUAUUGGACGGCACCCUGGUCUUCCUCGCCCUGAAGAACCAUCCCUUGCAGAGGCAUUUGAGCCCACCAAGGACACUGCGCCUGCUGCGGCUAAUCCCCCGGGAACGCCAAAGUCAGAACGGCAGCAGCCUAUUGCCGCUACUGCUACUCCACCGCGGUCGGCCCAGUAUUCUCCUGAGCAACAGUCCCCAGGCAAGGAGCUCACCCUGUUUUUGCAGUACCGGAGCAAGAUCAAGAAGUACGUGCUCCCCGAAGGCUAUGCUGGUCUGACUAUCGGACGACUUCAGCUGGCUUUUAUUGAGAAGUUCGCUUGGAACACCCACAACAACGGCGUGGACCUGCCAGAAAUCUACAUCCAAGACCCGGUUUCCGGGGUUCGACAUGAAUUGGAGGAUCUGAAUGACGUCAAGGAUCGAGCUGUUUUGGUACUCAACGUUGAUAUCCUCGAUGAGGUCAAGAGACAUUUCGAUGAUGAGUUUGGUGGAGUCCGCCGCAUGAUUGAAGGAGUCAAAGGUGCUCUCGAGGGACAGGAAAGCAUGAUGCAACGUGUCUCGGAGCGUCAACUCGAAGCAGCGAAAGAGAUGGCCCGUCUGGCGGCUGCGCCUCCUGUGCCCGUCACGGCUGCCUCCAAGUCUGGGGAAAGCCCGAAGGGUCCGAUCACGGGAAGCCACAGUCAGAUUGCGGAGCUCCAGAGCUUGCGACGUGAUCUGGCCGUACUACGGCAGACGUAUUCGAAUUUCUCCGCGGAUAUUGCAAGCUCGAUGAGCGCGAUCCGCACCAAAGCCAGCGGACUGAAGACUGCGGCGGCAGAUGUCGCCGUCCCAUCGAUCGAAGGCGAUGCGGGCCGUGUGCGCGUCAAUUCCGGGAAGAAGGAGCUUGCGGAGGAGUCGGAACGUCUGGUGGCGCGCGUCGAUGAUCUCCAGGAUCUGGUCGAGGAUCUCCGCAAAGACGUGGUGAGCCGCGGUGUGCGACCCCUGCCCCGGCAGCUGGAGACCGUGAGCAAGGACAUCAGUGCCGUUACCAAGGAGAUCAAGAAGAUGCAGGACUUCCUCAAGCGUGAGAAGCCCAUCUGGACGAAGAUUUGGGAGAAGGAACUUCAGCAGGUUUGCGAGGAGCGUGACCAGCUUACGAUGCAAGAAGAUCUCGCAGCCGAUCUGCAGGAUGAUCUGGAGAAAGCUGCGCAGACGUUUGCCCUGGUCGAGCAAGCCACCAAGCAGCAGGCGAUGCAGAAUGCCACUGGUGGUCCCGCGUUGCGUCACACCUCCCGCAACGUGGUGAUUGAUCCGGCUGUUGACCCUAUGAAAGCCAAAGAUAGCGUCCUCGGGGAGGUCCGUGCUUUGCAGCCCAACCAUGAGUCUCGACUGGAGGCAAUUGAGCGGGCGGAGAAGGCCCGCCAGAAGGAGCUGGAGACGCGUCGGGUCGGGCUGUUCCAAAAGGAGCUCGGAGCUUUUGUCGAGGAGGGCAAGUUGAAGAAGAGUGGCGGCGUGGAAGAGGCCGAAAGGCUCCGUCGGGCCAAGGAUGACCGCAUCCGCAAGGAGGUCUGGGAGAGGCAGCAGGCUCGAGCGGCUGAGAUGGAGAAGGCGGAAGCCGAAGCAGCCGCUGCGCAAGCGGAGCAGGCGGAGUCCGAAGAUGCAGAGACCGCCGAUACCGAGCCCAGUGCCGAUGCAGCAGAGGCGGAGAACGAUGAUGCUGGACGGGAGGAAGAAGUAAUCAUGGUUAAGGGGAAGUCGCCCGUUCCUGACGAUGACGAGGAGUCGGAGGAGAGGAGAGAAACGUUUUUAGAUGCGGAGGAGAACGAGGAAACUGGCAAGGAUGCCACCGAGGACGAACAUAAGCCCAGCCCUGAGCGAUAGGGAUUCGCACCCGUUGGCCUUCCGGCGGUCAACAUUUCCAGUGCGAUGAUCCUUCUAUUCAUCAUCUACAUCUUGUAUUCCGCCUGACUUUGCCUGACUUCAGGCUGCUCUCUUUUGAUCCUUUCUUUUGU